AUGGGGGCUUCCAUCUCCGCUACUACGGCCAAUUUGGUCAUGGAGCUAGUUGAACAGAAGGCCCUUGCCGACUUCGCUCCCGCGCCCAAGAUAUUCGUCCGCUACGUGGACGACUGCUUCUGCAUCCUAAAUAAGAAUGAUGCCCCAUGGCUCCUGCGUGUUCUCAACUCGAUAGAGGCAGCAAUACAGUUUACCGCAGAAUACGAGUGCGAGAGCAGCCUUCCCUUCCUCGACGUCCAGCUUACUGCUUCUGAAGCUGCCGUUCUACGCAAGGGAUUGAACUUCAAUUCUGGUGCCUCACCCAACCCGACGAGAAUGGUCUGCGCCGUGGAGCGAGCCGUCGCACAGCUUCCUUCCGAAGUAAGAGACGAAGCUCGUACCCGCGCUAUCGGUGUUCUGUCCAAGUGGCGGACACGCGACCCUCAAGCCCGGCCUUCACCGGCUGAGAAAGACGUCGUCAAGGGCCUCCGAAACAACCUCUCCAUUGCCAUACUUCCUGCGGACAAGGGAAAUGCCGUCGUAAUACUCAACAGAAGUGAGUACGAUCAGAAGAUGACGGAUUUGCUUUUGGACGGGGAUACGUACGUAACCAUACAAAAAGAUCCCACGGCAAGCCUUCAAACGAAACUGCAGAAGCUACUCUCCAAUAUUUUUAAGUUCGUGCCGCCACAGCACAAGCACCUUUACUAUCGCCUCCUGUGUACCAAUGGGUCUGCACCUGCAAUUUACGGCCUGCCCAAAGUACACAAGCCAGGCGUUCCGCUACGGCCCAUCGUCGACUUCACAAGGUCGCCGCUGCACCGACUUUCGGGUUACCUACACCAAGUGUUGGGCCCACUCGCCGGAAAAACAGCAACGCACAUUGCCAAUUCGUCAGCUUUCGUGGAAAAAGUGCGCGACAUUUCCCUGGAUGAAGAAGACGUGAUGGUAUCCUUCGACGUCAGAGCGCUCUUCACUUCCGUGCCUGUCGACUUGGCCGUAGCGGCGUGCACGAAGGUCCUGCUGGCGGACGAAACGCUCGCAGAGGGCACACCUUUGGAGGUACAGGACGUCUGCGAGCUGCUAGAAUUUUGCCUAAGCAACACGUAUUUCACCUACCGCAAGCAGUGUUAUAAGCAGAUCCACGGAACUGCCAUAGGGGCUUCCAUCUCCGUUACUACGGCCAAUUUGGUCAUGGAGCUAGUUGAACAGAAGGCCCUUGCCGACUUCGCUCCCGCGCCCAAGAUAUUCGUCCGCUACGUGGACGCCUGCUUCUGCAUCCUAAAUAAGAAUGAUGCCCCACGGCUCCUGGGUGUUCUCAACUCGAUAGAGGCAGCAAUACAGUUUACCGCAGAAUACGAGUGCGAGAGCAGCCUUCCCUUCCUCGACGUCCAGUGCUUCCCUCGAACUUCACGCCUGCAGCAAGACCACCAUUACCGUUGUGGCGCCUACAUCUCCUCGAAGCCCUCGUAA